AUGUCUGGUAGUGCUCAAAAGCUAUGGGGUGGUAGAUUCACCGGUAAAACUGAUCCUUUGAUGCAUUUAUACAAUGCAUCUUUACCAUAUGAUUACAAGAUGUACAAGGCAGAUCUGGAAGGGACAAGAGUUUAUACUGCUGGAUUACAAAAACUAGGUUUACUUACUGAAGAUGAAUUGUCCAAGAUUCAUCAAGGUCUAGAGGAAAUCAAACAGGAAUGGGAUGAGGACAAGUUUGUUCGUCAUGCUGACGAUGAAGAUAUUCACACAGCCAACGAAAGGCGUUUGGGGGAAUUGAUUGGUCGCAAUAUUGCUGGAAAAGUUCAUACCGGUAGAUCGCGUAAUGAUCAAUGUGUCACGGAUUUGAGAAUCUACUGUCGUGAUAUCGUCAAUGACAAACUAUUACCUUUCAUGAAAGAUUUAAUCAAUGUGAUGAUUUUGAGGGCUGAAAAAGAGAUUGAUAUUUUGAUGCCAGGAUAUACACAUUUGCAAAGAGCUCAGCCAAUUAGAUGGUCCCACUGGCUUAGUUCAUACGCCACUUAUUUUACUCAGGACUUGCAGAGAUUGCGUCAAAUUGUUGAAAGAUUAAAUCAAUCACCUCUUGGUGCCGGCGCUUUAGCAGGCCACCCAUAUGGCAUAAAUAGAGAAUAUUUGGCGAAAGAAUUGGGCUUCGCUGGUGUCAUUGGUAAUUCUCUUGUUGCUGUUUCUGACAGAGAUUUUAUUGUUGAAUUGAUGUCUUGGAGCACAUUGUUCAUGAACCAUAUUUCUCGUUUUGCUGAAGAUAUGAUUAUCUAUUCAACUGCAGAAUUUGGUUUCAUCAAGUUGAGCGAUGCAUAUUCGACGGGCUCCUCUUUGAUGCCGCAAAAGAAGAAUGCAGAUUCUUUGGAGUUAUUGAGAGGUAAAUCGGGUAGAGUCUUCGGUGACUUAGCAGGUUUUUUGAUGAGUUUGAAAGGUAUUCCAUCAACCUACGAUAAGGAUAUGCAAGAGGAUAAGGAAGCUUUGUUUGAUUGUUUGACUACAGUUGAACAUUCAAUUCUAAUUGCAACAGGUGUUGUUUCAACCCUAUCUGUUCAAAAGCAAAAAAUGGAGGCAGCGCUUACGAUGGAUAUGCUUGCGACUGAUCUAGCUGAUUACUUAGUUAGAAAAGGUGUUCCUUUCAGAGAAACCCAUCAUAUUUCUGGUGAAUGUGUUGCAAAAGCUGAAAACUUGGGUUUAGACGGUAUUGAUAAAUUAACCUUGGAACAAUAUCAAGAAAUCGAUCCUAGAUUUUCUUCGAAUUUAUUCGAAAUCUUUAAUUUCGAACAGAGUGUUGAAAGAAGAGACGCUACUGGUGGUACUGCCAAAUCAGCAGUGCUAAAACAAUUAGAUAAUUUGAAAACUCAAAUUUAA